CGCAACUCUUUGUUCCCACAGAGAAAGAGAGAGAGAGAGAGAGAGAGAGAGAGUCCAAAGUCCAAAGCAAUUUGGGAGCCACCAUGUCGAAGGAAGAUAGAGACCUCAUCGCUAGUCUGCAAUCUCUCGUACACUCUCUUCAACACAGAGUUAAGGAAUUAGAGGCAGAGAAUACAAUGCUCUCAUCUCGACUUUCCAGUUGUCGUUGUCACGAGAUAGAGGAAGCAUGUGACAGAGCUGUUGUAGAUAGUAGUAAUUGUUUUGAUGAGAAAAGAAGGGAGUCAAAAACAGGUGGUAAGAGGAACACAGUCAAGAACUUAGCAGUGAAAAUCCCAGGUUAUAACACAAGGAACCUGAAUCACCAUUGCAAGAGAUACGUUGCUCUAAAAAUUAUGUAUUUUGGGCAAAGGUUCUAUGCUUUUGCUUCAGAGGCGCAUAUGGAACCAACUAUUGAGUCUGAAAUUUUCAAAGCUUUUGAGAAAACAAGGCUAUUAGUUGGUGACAAGAAGGAGUCACAGUACUCUAGGUGUGGUAGAACAGACAAGGGGGUUUCCUCUGUUGGACAGGUGAUUGCUCUCUUUUUACGAUCAAACCUCAAGGGAACUGGUGUGAACAAUUCUGGAGAUAUUGUUUUAGAAGAUCAAUAUGAAGGAGAAAUUGAUUAUGUGAGAGUGCUAAAUCGAGCCCUUCCUAAUGAUAUUCGAGUUUUAGGGUGGUGUCCAGUUCCAGUUGGCUUCAGUGCAAGGUUUAGCUGUUUGAGCAGGGAGUAUAAAUAUUUCUUUUGGAGGGAAAACCUGAAUCUCUUGGAUAUGGUGAGUGCUGGUAGGAAAUUUGUUGGGGAACAUGACUUCAGAAAUUUUUGUAAAAUGGAUGCAGUAAAUGUGCACAACUACAGGCGGAAUGUCACGUCAUUCGAAAUUUUUCCUUCUGAUGUGAGGUAUGAUGGCAAUCAACUUUGGGCAUUUAAAAUCAAAGGAACUGCUUUCCUAUGGCAUCAAGUUCGUUGCAUGGUGUCUGUACUGUUGUUGAUUGGCCAAGGUCUUGAAUCUGCUGAUGUGAUUGAUGCAUUACUGGAUACUGACAGGACAAUGAGGAAACCUCAGUACGCCAUAGCUCCGGAGCUUCCAUUGGUUCUUCACUCUUGUGAAUUUGAAAGUCUCAAGUUUAUUUGUUCAGCAGAUGCCAGACAAGCUCUGCAUGUGCACUUUGCAAAUCAAUGCCGCAGUUACCAGCUCCAAGCUGCAAUAUUUCAUGAAGCUCUGCUAAGCUGUUUGCCCAUAUCAAGUGCUGCUGAAAAUCAGAGCUCAUUAAAUAAUGGAACAUCCAAGAAAAAAGCUUCCUAUGUUCGACUCAUGUCACGGGCAACUGAACUUACUGGUUGGAUAUGGCGUAGUGCAUUGUUAAUAGGAAAAAGGAAUAAGCUAUGUCUGAUUGUGCGAUCUCUAGUCUGCUUCUUGAUAAGAUAAUUUGUUCAUGGAUCUUGGUUGAAAUUUGCUUUCAGAGGUUGUCCUAGACUGUCCAGCUAGCAAGACAAUCUCAUUAUCUAGUCAUUGAAUAAUUUUGUAUUUAGGAUUAGAAGUUAAUUAAAACUGGUACACAUGUAUUAUUUAUAGGUUAAUCCCACAAAACAAAAAUAAACAAUUGCACUUACAAUUUAUUUCCCGUACAAAACAAUUUCACUCAUAACAUUUAUAAUCUGUGUAAUUUAAAUUAUAUGCUUUAUUUUCUUCUUUUCUAUAGAAAUGAAAUGAUACCUUGGUUAAAAUUCUAUUAGCUUAACUCAAGGGAUGCCAUGCAAUGUGAGAGGCAGCAUGUUGAGAUUUGAGAUACAUAAUUCUUUGCAACUGUGCCUGAAUUCAUAAUUGUCAUAAAAGCGCACAGAUAUUAUAUUCAAGAAGCGCAAAAAAGCGCGCAGAUAUUAUAUUACUUUGUCUUCAACACUAAUCAUCAGUAAUAUUUAUAUUGACACAUGG